UGGGAUACAGCCGAGAGGGAGAGGCAGGGUGAUGUCUGGAGCAUCUACAUCAGGGCUGAAUCCCAAUCUCCCAGCUGGAACGGGCAGCUGAAACCAGGCAGGGAGCCCCAGCCCGCUCAAGGGGAACAGAGAGGGGAGGGGGGCAAAUCCACGAUGCUGAGACUGGCGGCCAGAGCACCGCCCCCAGGAGCGGAGGGAGGGGUGGCGGGGCUGGGGGGUGCCCAGCUGCCAUCCCCGCCGCUUCCUGGCCCCUACUCGCUGGCGCCCAAGUGGGAAGCCAGCAGCUGCCGGUUCCCUCCUCCCCACAUCCCCGCUACCUGCCCAGUUCCCGACGCGAAGCGCAGGCUGCGAGCCUGCCGGGCCGAGCCCACAACUUUGCAGCCUCGGGUAGGGCGAGAGCCGGCGUCUGGGGCUCCUCUUGUCUGCGACCAGAGCUCGGAAUGUAAUCGAGGAUGCUGGCCCUGCGGCUGCUCAACGUCGUGGCCCCCGCCUACUUCUUGUGCAUCUCCCUGGUGACCUUCGUGCUGCAGCUCUUCCUCUUCCUGCCCAGCAUGCGGGAGGACCCCGCGGCCGCCCGGCUCUUCUCGCCCGCCCUGCUCCACGGGGCGCUCUUCCUAUUCCUCUCGGCCAACGCCCUGGGCAAUUACGUCCUGGUCAUCCAGAACUCCCCGGACGACCUCGGCGCCUGCCAGGGGGCCUCGGCCACGAAGGCUCCGUGCCCCUCACCUAGCACCCACUUCUGCCGAGUGUGCGCCAGAGUCACCCUGAGGCACGACCAUCACUGUUUCUUCACCGGCAACUGCAUCGGCAGCAGGAACAUGCGCAACUUCGUCCUGUUCUGCCUCUAUACCUCCCUGGCCUGCCUCUACUCCAUGGUGGCCGGCGUGGCCUACAUCUCCGCGGUCCUUUCCAUCUCCUUCGCCCACCCCCUGGCCUUCCUCACGCUCCUGCCCACCUCCAUCAGCCAGUUCUUCUCCGGAGCUGUCCUGGGUUCUGAAAUGUUCGUCAUCCUCAUGCUCUACCUCUGGUUCGCCAUCGGCCUGGCCUGCGCCGGCUUCUGCUGCCACCAGCUGCUGUUGAUCCUCCGCGGGCAGACCCGCCACCAGGUGCGGAAGGGGGUGGCAGUGAGGGCUCGUCCCUGGCGCAAGAACUUACAAGAGGUCUUCGGAAAGAGGUGGCUGCUGGGCCUGCUGGUUCCCAUGUUCAAUGUCGGAAGUGAGAGCUCCAAGCAGAAGGAUAAGUAGCAGACACUCCCAUCAUUUAUCUCCCUCUCUCUCUGUCUUGACUCCUCCUGAGCAUAAAACCACAGCAGCCUUGUCUCCACCCAUGACCCACUACAAUUUGUGCUGGUAAGGUCCUAGCAUUUUCCCCUCGUCUUCCACCCAGGAGAACAGCGUGGGCUGGUGGAUCAUGACAAGGAGGAAAAUGUCCACCCAGGCAUUGCUAGGCUCCUCACGAGCCAGCCAGGUGGCUGCUGACCAUUAGGCUGCCUCUGCUGUCGUUCCUUCCCCUUGGGACCCCUACUUUCCCCUCUUUCUGGCUCAUCCCUUCUCCGCCAUGUUUCAGUCAUCACUGCUGUCUGCUGGAGCCCUUCCUCUCAGCCCCCAUGUUGGGAGAGGGGAGUGGAUUCUUGCUGCUGGUAUGAGACCUGGGACCUAGAGGCUGGCAAAUAUUUAAAAUCACCACGUGUGGCCGGGCGCGGUGGCUCACGCC